AUGAACGCCCUUCGACGAGUGUCCGCUCUUGCACCACGGGUAGCUGCCCGAGCACAAUAUGUGCAACCGACGCUUGGUUCCACUGCUGUGAGAGCGUUUGCUGGCUCGGGUGCGGCUGUCCCGGAAGCAUCCAAGGUUUCUGGACUCCCCGCGGCCCAUGAACUUGGAAGUGUCGACAAUGGGUUCUUUGCCGACCGUGUCGACAAGGUGAAAGAGCCCGAGCGUCGUGCCUUUACCUACUUUAUGUUGUCGGGUGUCCGAUUCGCCUACGCGUCGGCGGCAAGAUUGUUGGUCAUCAAGCUCGUCUCGUCCAUGAGUGCCUCGGCCGAAGUCUUGGCGUUGGCAUUCUCCGAGUUUGACUUGUCCCAAUUGGAAGUCGGAAAAGCCGUCACGGUCAAAUGGCGUGGAAAGCCCAUCUUUAUCCGAAAGCGAUCGCAAGAGGAAAUUGAACGUGAAGCAGCUGUCCCCAUGGAAUACCUUCGUGACCCAGAAACAGACGAAGAACGUGCCAUCAAGGCGGAAUACAUUAUCGUCAUUGGAAUCUGCCCUCACUUGGGAUGUGUCCCACUAUGUGAUCAAGGUGAAUUCAAUGGAUGGUUCUGCCCCUGCCAUGGAUCCCACUACGAUUUGAGUGGACGUAUUCGCAAGGGACCUGCUCCCCUCAACUUGGAAGUUCCUCCCUACAAGUACAUUCAGGAUGAGUUGAUUCUGAUGGGUUAA